AAAUUUCCUCGGAUUCGGCUCGCGCGUUGGCAAAUUUGGGCAAAUUUGCAAAGGAGACAAACUGUUUUCGACGCCAAAUUUCCCGUGAAAGUGGACAACGCUUGGGCUAAUUGGCACCAGAAUGACGUCAGAAUACUUAACUAUCCACUUGAAUCAGUUCGUUUCAGUCAAGCCUGGUCCCUCUGGAAAGCCCGCGAUCCGCCGACCCGAGAAGGCCACAACGGAGAGGCCGUCAUCUCCCUUUUGAUCCGAUCAAGACGCUCCGCCAGGAUCCAGUUGACUACACAGGGCCAAAUGGGACUGUGCUCCUCUGGGCAGACGCUCUUUUUUCCUUGUGCCCCGGAAGAGCUCACUGCUCAGGCAUCGGUGACACGCAUCGUGAGAGCUUUUCAAGGUCUGUAUUUAGUCAUGUCGUAUUCCGAAGAUAUAGCAGAGGUCAACUUAAAUACCGCCGAUCAAAUUGAGUAUCUGCUCAGUCUGAUCAGAGGUGGUGAGAGUGUCGAGGCAGCAGAGCAACUGCAAAAGCCGUGA